AUGAGAACAAUAAAAGGUUGUAUAAGUUGUUUGAUUACCACACUUACAUUUUUAGGUUUACACUAUGAAAAAGAAGUUAAAACAUCAUUAAAUAGAUCUAAAUUUAGUACAAAUAAUUUAUCAUUUGAUCCUAAUUUAGAAAAAAACAAAGAAUUAGAAAAUAAUUCUAUUGCAAAAUAUAAUAUUAAAGGAAAAGAGGGAACUAAUAGUACUAAAAAUUCUUUUAUUCAGAGUUUGAAUUCAACAUCAACUGAAGAAAAAGAUUUAGGUGGUUACAAUAAUUUCGUUAUAAAAAUUAAUGAAGCUUUUUUUGAAGCAAAACGUGCUUAUAUAACUGCUAAUUCUUAUAGAUAUUCGCGUUCAUAUAUAACAAAAUAUUCAAAUGAAUUUUAUGCAGCAUCGAUGAAACAUAUAUGGGCUUUUCUAAACUGUGAAGAAGAUAAUAUACGAUUCUAUAAAAAUACUAAAAAGGAUAUGAGAGAACAAUUUUACAAUUUACUUUCACUGAAAGAGGAUGAUAAAAAAAAUGACUUAUAUAAAACAGAACUUCCUAAAUUCAAAUCAAAAAUAGAAAGUCAUCUAAGAACUAUAGAUUGGAAUCGUAAAAGAUGUAAAGGAAAUGACAAUAAUGCUUAUAGAGAAGUAGAUUAUUAUUUACUCCGUGAAUUUUGUAGCAUAUGGGGAUGUAUUAAUAAGAUUGUUUCUUUCACUAAAGGUUAUGCAUAUAAUACAAAUAUUGCAUAUUCAGAUGCUAUGGAUAGAGCAAUGCAUGGGGUAUCACAAUAUAAGCUUUCUGACAAAAAUUUUUCAGAAAUUAGAGAUUUUUUAAAUUCUGAUAGAGUACAAAUAAUUAUGAAAGAAAAUAUAUGUAAAAAAGAACUUAAAAAUUCUUUAAAGUUAUUAAUAGAAGAAAUUAGUGAUAUGAAUGAUACUUAUGUGAAGGAUGUAAAUACAGAACAUAAUUUUUUUUCUUCUUAUAAAAAUGAUUGCAAAAAUGCAAUGUCAAUAAAUAUUACUAAAAAUAAUAUUACAUAUAUUUUUACCACCGCUUUACAACAUAAUGGAGGAUAUCAACAAUAUAACAUAUGGAAUAAUCAAUUAAAAAGCAAUUUUUAUGAAAUUCAAAAAAAAUUUAAAGAUUUACUUAAAAAUGCACUUAAAGGAUUAGGAGAAGAAAUAAAUUCACUAGUUUAUCCUGAAAAUGUAAUAAUGGAAGUAAAAAAAAUAUUUACAGAAGGAAAUGAUGCAUACCAUCGUACAAAAAGUCUAAUUGAAGAAAAUUUUAGAUUAGAAAAUUUGUCACAUAAAUAUAAAAAUAAAAGAAUUUCUGAUAUUACAAGUGAACUCACUGAAUUAUAUGCUAGGGCAUUAGCACAUAAUAUUAAUUUGAAAGAUAAAUUUAAUUCAUUUAAUACAAAAUAUAAGUCUAUUGAAUCUAAUAUAAAUAGUGUAGAAUUAGCAAAAAGAGAAUUACUACUAGAAGAGAGUAAACUAACAGAUAUUACGUAUGAUAUUUUGGCAAAAAAAAAAGAUAUUGAAGAUAUCAUAGGGUCAGCAAAUAAUGAACUUGCUUUAUUAAAAAGUGAUUAUGAUGAAUUAAUGACAUUAGUAAGUGAAAUUCAAAGUUCA